AGUCUCAAUAGUACAGAAUCGCUGAAAUAUUGUGUAUAUCGCUGCUUAUCACAUCAUAUUUCGAUUUAUUAUUAUUUAUCCAAUCAUAAAAUAAAUAGUUUCAAUUUGAGAACCAUUUUUUUUCUCUCGUUUUAUCUAUUAAAAUCCGUGCCAAUAAUUAGUUAGUGCUAUGCCAAGUUUCCAUAUCAUUCACGAUAGAAAAUAAUAACGUGUGAAGUUAAAGUAAAAUAUCAAGCAAAUUUCCGAAAUUGGUGGUUGUCAGAGCAACCAAAAAUUCUAUCGGCUACAUGUUUGUAUUGAGCGAUACGAGCUCUGCUUGCUGUCUACGGUGCAUUGGCAUUUCAUAUCGAAUACGGUGACGGUGUUUGUUGUUCUUGUUGUUGUUAUUUUGCGUUUAGUUUUCGGUUCUGUUAUCGUUGUCAUUUCACCAAUCACUCCAAGUGUGUUGUGUUACGAGUGAAAAGCGUUGUUAUUCUUGUGAGUCUAUUUCAAUCAACAUCAUCCAUCAUCAGGAGUGUUCAAACUGCGGUCAAAAUCAAAAUACGUUCAGCAUCGAAAUUGCGAUUUGGAAGGAGUUUCAUAAUUUAUACGCCUGAAAACCAUCAAUGAUUAGCCGUAUUAAGUAAUCUGAAAUAUAAGACGUGUUGAGUUUUUCAUUGAACAUCAUUCGACAUCGCUACGGUAUUGGUUUUCUUCGUUUGGAUUUUGAAAGAAAAUCUCAAAACCACAAAUCGGUGAAAUUUCAUCGAUAAGCUUGAGAAAACAACAUAAAAAGCGGCAAAAAGACACACAUCACUGGAAAAAAAUUACACUGGCAGCCACUGAACACGCGAAUCAAAUGACCAGACAACACAUAUCACAUCAAAAACAACAAAGCGUAAAAGUAAUUUGAGAGCUACUGUUGCUUGGAUAGGCGAUACUUGACGCGAUAAUAAUACGAAAAAAUAUUUUAAAAAAAAACAACACACCAAACGCACAUCAAGUCUCACCGCAUCGUAAAAUCGUAACAUAUACAAGAGCAUACGUAACAUUGGGCGAAAAAUUAAGGCUAUUCAACCGGAAAUUUGCCGAACGGAUUUGAUACGGUCGUCGUCAUCGUCAUCAUCAUCGUCGUCUGAGUGAGCAUUGAUUGAACCAAUAAUAGUCGUCCUCGUCGUCCUCGUCGUUGUGUGUAUAUUUGAUAUAUACCCCAAUCCGCACGAGCACUGAGCGAAUGGAUAUUGGAAUUUAGAAGAAAAAAACACCAACGGAGUGAGAGCGAGUGACAACGUGGUCGUGAUUUGAUUUUAUCGAGGGUAAAAAGCUCGCACAAACACACACACACACACUAUCACCGAAUUGUGUCCAAUCUCACCCAACAUUCAUAGUACAUAUUGUUUUUUUGUAACUAUAUCCACAUUGCGUGUGUUGCUGAGUUCAUCUGACUAUUGAUGCUGCAAAUAUUGCACGUGAUUGUAGAUUUUGUCGCAACAAAUAACACAACAAUAUUCACCACAUUUUUGAAGAGAAGUGACUUAAAUAUACGUAGAGAACAGAACAGAAAAAAAAUACACAUAAAGAGAGAGAGAGAGACCGAAACAAACUUCACAUACAAGAAAAAAAUAAACUUGAUGAAGAGCAGUUUUUAUUGUAAAUUAAAGUAGUGUGAGAGACGACGACAGACAGACAUUCGAUUUUUGUUUAUACAACUGAAAGCUGAUUCGCAAAAACAAUAAACCGACCGAGCAACAAACAAACAAACCAACCAAAUUAAAUGCAGAGAGACGCAACGUAAAGAAUUUUGUGCAGUUGGACAAUUGAAAUACAAAAACAGAAGAAAAAAAAAACAAUCAAAUAAAAUAAAAGAAGAUAAAAAGAGAAUAUUUAUAUACACACACUGAGAGAGAGAGAGAAAAAGAGACAGUGUGCACGGAUUAUAAGGACACUUGAAACAAUAAUAUACACAGAGUAGAAGACACACACACAGAAGAAAAAAACAAACUGAAGAGCGGCUGAGUGUUUUACAACGCAUAAAACACAAAGCAAUAAUGUUCGGUUUGAAAAUUCGCUCUUGGAUGGAAAAUCAUAUAGUUCGGCCACGCAAAAAAGGGAAUAAGAAUAAAAAUGGAAACAGCAGUGGCAAUUUCGUAACAAGCAUCAACAAUACACAAAAUGGACAUAAAGGGAUAUCAUCAAAUCAAGGAGAUUCUAGUGUUGUUGGCAGUCCAGCGCGUCGUAGUGAAGUGUCACCCAUACAGAAUCAUACAACCAGCCGUUUUGGAUGGCAUUCACCAGAAGAUGAAGAGUUUUGUAAAAUCGACCAAAAUUUACCGUACAUGGUAAAAACGUCGACGUAUUCACCAAAAGUGCGUCCCAUGAACUCAAAAACGAUCAAUCGAAGUAGUAGUAGUAGCGGAAAUUCGCAUGAAAAAACCGCAUCAAAUACCAUUACAUCAACCAUUGCACAACCGUAUUCAAAAAGUGUUGAUACCAAAUAUUUUGCACGAACAUUUAACGACUACAAUAGUUCAAAACUAUCGCCAAGAGAUAAUUCGGCCGUUUUGAGAGCAGUGAGUGCAUCAACAUCGGCCAACAAUACGUUUGCAACCGCAUCGUCGUCAUCAUCAUCGUCGUCGUCGCGACUAAAUAAAUACCGUUAUCAACAUCCAACGUACCACCAAUCACACGAAAUGUUUGAACAACAAACGCAAACGCAACAAGAAUCAAAGCAAAAUACUUUUGGUAAAUAUGAGAAAAAUUUCCACAGUAGCUGCAGCAGCAGCGGCAACAGUAGCAGCAACGUCGCCAGCAAUGGCAUUGGCAUUCAGGCAAACAGUCACACCACCACUUGUGCUGACGAUGGUGAAAAUAAUCAAAUGGUAGUGAUUACGCUAAAUGGAAGCAACGCUCAACAAAAGCAGAAAACCAUGGAAAUCAACAAACAUGCAUCGACAAAACUGUCGAGCACUGACAAAGCGAAUAACCAUCAGCAAUCGUCUAUGAUACCAAACUAUCACAAUAAUCAUUUGGAUUAUCGGAAUGGCAGCCAGAUGAGCUUUUAUGAACAGCAGCAGCAGCAGCAACAACAACCAUAUGAUGAUGAGUUGCAUCGCCAGCACUAUUUUCUCGCUUCAGACCGACAAAAAAGCGAUACAAUGCACAGUGGAAGUGACGGCAGCAGCACCAAAUCCGAACAAAAAAUCCCGAACAUUUAUCAUCAGCAAAAUGGAUUUCUAAUAAAAGCGAAACAGCAACUGGUAAACAACAAUGAAUGUGAUGCCGACGAUCGUGUACUGUUACAACGUAAACCAAAAUCAAAUCAGUAUGGCAAAAUUCUAAAUUAUAAUCGAAAUGGUUCACGGCCUAUUCCAAUGCUACCAUCACCACCAUCAACACCGCCGCCACCGCUAAAUGCAAAAAUUAAAGACUAUCACGAAUCGUCGAAUAAAUUCUAUCAAGAGUAUCCGACGAAUGUGCAUCUGAGCAAUCAGCAACAUAGUCGAUUCAAUGGCAAUGGUAACGUUAACAAUAACAACAACAACAACGAGAUGGGCUCGGCAAAUAAUAACAACAACAAUGCCAAUGGUUUUGAAUUUUAUUCAAACGGAUGUUCACACGCAUCGGUCACAUCGUCGUCCAAUGCGUUGAACAAACAAUCGACAAAGUUGCACGGUAAUGCCAUCGAUGAGAAUACUUUGCACAAUCAACAGCAACAACAGCAACAACUCAAGGAAUUGGUGCAAUCGAGAGCCAAAUGUAAACAAGCGCCAUCAGCGCGAUCAAAUAACGUCUAUCAUCACAACAAUGGGAUCGGAGCGACAACGACGCAUUUAACACCAACACCAAGCAAUCACCAGUUGGCCCAUGUCAUAAAUAGUUUGUCAUCGCCGGAAAGUGCAUAUUCCACCGGUUACUCAACGGAUGGCACAUCACCAUCAGGAACCACAAACAACGCACCCGAAUACUAUAUCAAUAUGCGAACCGGCACACAUUAUUUCCCAAGAGGUGUAAAUGCUGUGGCGGCCGUCGAACGAAGCCGUCAAAAAUUCGGACUCAACAAAAUUGAAGAAACGGUUGGCGAAACGUUGUGCACCACAACGAUCACCAGUGUUACGAGCAACAACAGUGUGCACAGCAAUCAUCGCCGAACGGAAUCCUGUGAUUUAAGCCAUCGUCGUCAUGCAGCGGCCACCAAUAUAUUGAGCAAUAGCAACAGUAUUAGCAAUUGUAAUGGGGUCGCUGCACCCGGCAUUUUAUCCAAGGAAGUGAGCAAUCUACUGCAGGCAAAUACACAUAGCCGAUUAAGCCCCGAUCCGCAACGCCAUUUGGCUUAUCAAACUUAUCGUGGAUUUGAAUCACCAUCUCCGCGACAACGGUGCCGGAUUAAGACUAAUCCGUGGCUUUCAACGCCCGAAACAACAGUGGGAAAUGGCAAUUCGAUUAUGAAGAAAAUGGAUAUAGACACGAGUUCGACAUCGUCUGGCAUUAAAUCCAGCAGUGAUGCAGGAACCGAUGACAAAAAAAGCAAAAACCAUAUAUCAUCCGAGUCGGAGAGUUCAUCGACUGAGAUUGAGGUGAGCCGAAAAUCGGCAUUCUCACCGAAUACGAUUCGCAAACGGAAAAUGGAAAAGCAAUUAUCGGAACGGUUGAGCAAUCGUGCAUCGAACUGUUGUGAUAGCGACGAUGAGGAUGCCACAUUCAAUGAGCUGAUGGGAAAAUUUGACGAGAGCUACAUCUACGAAAAGGAAACGGAUAUUCUAAGCGACGAUUCGGAUCCAACGGAAUGUGGAGAUUCCGAUUUGGAUACGGGACAAGAUGGUGGCGAUGAAUGCGAAACGGAUGAACUACUCGAUAUUGACUAUAUUGACACCGGAUCGAUACAGGAAGUUACCGAUAAAGAUAUGUAUAAAAAUACGGGCAGUUGCACGUAUUUCCAUAAUAAUCAAGCAAUUGACAAGCGUCAAAAUAAAUUGCGAAAAAGUCGAAAGCAACAGAGCGAAGAGAGCAAUGGAUCACGGCGUCGAAAGCGUUUGACACGAACACGCAAACGAAAUAGUGAGUGUCGUGAUAGCAGUCAAAACAGUCACAAACAUUGUUCACCGCAUCGAUUCAGAGAGUCUCGCAGUGUUGGCGGCACACCAGUGUCGUUGCGUCGUAAUAAAUCUACAGACAACCAAUAUAAAAGCACACCCAAAAUGGUUCCAUUGUCUAGUCGAUGUAAUUCACUUACAUUUACCGAAAUCCAUUCCAUUCGUAGUCGAUUUUUGGCUAUAGCCGAAAGUGAGAAAGCACUACUGAAGGCCGACAUUGAAGCCGAUGUAAAAUACAAGCAGCUCAUACACGAGGCCGAAACGAUUCUUGUGUCGAUGAAGACGACAGCGUUGAGAGAAACGCCGGUACCAAGCCCAAGUCGUCGUAUAUGCAAUGUGCCAGCAAAUAAACGUGUUGAAAUGCUACGAAACUGUGAGGCUGAUUUGCGUCGUGAGCUCCUAAAAACGCAAUCGAAACCAACAAAUGAAGAAAAUGUGAUCAAUCGAAAGGAUUCAUUCGAAACGUUGGCCGCACCAAGUAGCCCGGUGAAAAUAAACUAUGCGAAUGGCAAUGGUGGCCGAUUCAGUCCACGUAAAACGCAUUUAACGAAUUUCAUUAAUCAAAAUAUCACAUCGGUCGAAUUGCUUGGGCGACGUCAAAAUGGAAACGAUACACAAAAUAAUCCACCAUCAUCGAUGGAUGGGUACGAAACGAAAAUGAAGCGUUCACCAUGUUUGCAAUUCAAUACAGUCAAUAAUCGUGUUAGGAUUACACCACCAAAAUCACCGAUGCCUCGACGUCGCUUCAGGAGCCAAAGCCCUCGCAUAUGCAUUGAAUCGGACUCAGAUAGUGAUACGCUCAAUGGCAAUGCACCGAAUACGGUGGUGCAAAAGAAACUGGUGUGUCCGGUAUCAAAGCGUGGCGAUAUCAAUCAAAAUAAAGAGAAUAAAUUGCGACAUUCCUUGCGCAAGAGUCAACAGUCAACGGCAAACGAUGAUAUUUUGAAUCAAAACACAAUUCCGGCACAUGAAAUGGAUACGCUUGAUACAGCCGAUCAUCGACCAUUCCGUUCGAUUGAUAUGGCACAUCGUCUGACCGAAUCAUUCUAUUGCCCACAGAGUGAACCUCUCAAACGGAAAAUUUACUCGGAAAAAACACUUGAUCGUUUGCAAAAGAGCUUGGACAUGGAAUCAGAGAUUCCAAAGAAAGCAUUACUGCAGAAGAUUUCGAAUUUGCGUCGUGAUCGACAGCAGCAACAGCAUCAGCAGUCACUUCGAACGGCCCACAGUUUUGAAUACACAACUGUCCAUCAUCUGUCAAAUACAACACUCAACGGUGGCGGUGGCGGUGGCGGUAGCAGUGCAAAUGCCAGCUCUGAAAAUGAUUUAACAAUGCAACACAAGCGACAGCUUAUUUUAAACACUAUCGAAGAUUUAAAACGGAAUCUCGAAGAUCAGAGCAUUGAGUUGUGCGGGCUCAACGAUGAUGAAGAAUAAAAUGUUGAAUUUCAUUUCAGUCGAUUGGAAUCGGAAAUAAUGUUUUCAUUUUAAUUUCCUUUUAUUUCUGUGUUUUUUUUUGUUCUGUGUCCAUAUCAAUGAUAUAAGUUUGUGCAAUGUGAAUGGAAUUUUAUUUGAAUGUUAUCACCAAAAAAAGGAAGAAAAAAAAGAAAAGAAAAGCAAAAUCUCUAAUGUUUUUCAUAUUGUUUAUUGUUGUUUAAAUGGUUGUAUUCAACACACCCACACAUACACUAAAAUGGUCAUUGCAAAUUGAAAGAAAAAAACAUGAAAAGAGAGAGAGCGAGAGAAAAAAUGUCAAAGGCAUAAGAAAAUAGUGAACAUAAAAAUACUCUCGAUUAUCAAACUGAUCACUUUUUACGAUCGAACCUUUUUUUUUCUUCUUUGUAGUGUAAUUUUAUAUUUUUAAUUGUUAUUUAUAAUUCAACUACACGUAGUAGGCAUUUCAUUGAAAACUGUGUUUUUUAUUAUAUUUAUCAAAACGAAUACGUAAUUCGACAGACUUAAGUGUAUCUUGAGAUUUAGUUUUACCUUUAAAAGAAAAUUAGAAACAAAAUUCGUUCAAGUAAAUGAAUUGGCAAUCGGACAUACACAAAUGAUUUUAGUGUAUAAUACUUAGUUCCUUUACGGCGCAAUGCAAACAACUAAAUGGAAAUUUCAAUGGCAGUGAAAUACGUAGAAAAGAAAAAAUCUCACAAAAAAAGUAAAGAAAACAAAAAAGGAAAUUCAGGCGGCUGCAACAUUCAAAUGGAAUAAUAUUCUAAUAAAUGCAAGCUACCCACAUCCGAUGUGCAUUGCAAUCUAAAACAAUAAACAUACUCAAAUACAAAUAUUUAUGAAUAAAUAGAUGAUACAAACAAACAAACAAAACAAAAAUUACUAAUUUUUACAAUAACCUCAUGCUCAGUAACAUUCAAUAUGAAAAUAAGUUUAUUUUCUUAAAUUUAAAUCAAGCAUCAAAGCACACACAUACACACGUGACUGAAUCAUGAGAUAUAGAUAUCUAUAGUGAAAAUUUAACAUAAUAUUCAAAAGGAAAAAAAAAAGAAUGAAUGAAAUAAAUAAUCGAGAUAUUCAAGUGCUGAAACAGAAACGGAAAGAACACUAACAACAAUUUGCAUGUGAAUUUAUGAAUUCAUUCAUUAUUAUCAGAGACUAUUUUCAUAAACACGUAUUUGAUACAUACAAGAAAAAAAAGUAAAACUAAACUGAUAUUGAUGUAGAAUUGCAUUAGAAUGUUAAACUGACGGGGAGCUUCUGAUCCCAUAUCUCGUGGUGUGAUGAGAACGAUGCACACACGACUAACACAUUCAUGGGGACUCAAUACUAAUGAAAUCGAUAUUUUUUUUUGACACAUUAUGCGAGUUGUCAUUGUAAUCGGCAUUCACUUCAAUCUGACACCAGUCAGACAGGUGAUGUGUUUGUUGAUCGAGGAAAAGACCGAUGGGAUUAGAAAGACAAAGAACAAUAAACAAAUCUUAAUUAUGGAAUAUUCAACAAUGAUACAAAAUAAUCCUAGUAAACUUAAAACACAAUGUAGUGAUCAUUUAAAUCGUAGCUCCAUUAGUUUAUUCGUUCAGUAGCAUUUGUAUUGUAUUCCUUUGAUUUUAUUUGUUGUUUUGUUUGUCCACCCCAUUUUUUGUUUGUUUUGUCAAUGUCCGUUGAAUUCCAACAACAAGAAGAGGACAAAAAAUGAGGAAAAAAAUUGAAUUUACAAGGAACUCAUCAAAAAUACUGUGAAAAAUGUGCACUGAACAUUGAUUGAAAACAUAAGAAAAAUGCUCACACAAUUUGUAUCCAAUCAAUAGUCCCGUUCAUUUUAUCAUUGUCCAAAUGUUUGUAUUUUAGUUUCAACACUGGACAUACGCAGCACAUUCACUUGGUGUACAUUGUUAUCUCGAAUUGAUUUCUCACCAAUUACACUAAUCCAUCCACUAGUCAUAAAUGUAAAACAUUCACCACUAAAUCCAACACUCAAUCACCAUUUAAUUUUUAGUAUAGUGAAUUUUCUGUUCAAAUAUGCUAAGAAUUCGAGAAAAAAACGCCCCAUUUUUUGUCAUAUUCGGGUGCGUUAUUUAGUCAGACGAAUUUUUGUUGACGUUUUGUGUUUUGAUCCGGAUCAUCGAAUCGAUGUCAAACUUUAUUUUGCUGUAGGCGAUUUUUUUUUUUAUUGAAUUGAGUAACUUUCUUCCUUUUGUUCACAUUGCAAUAGCAAACGCAAUUGAUCUAACCAUUUUGUAAAUGAUUCAAUUUAUAAUUUCGAUGGAAAUGUAGACAAUUUUCUCUUAAAUUUAUUCCAUAUAUUCUGGUCAUUUAAUGUCAAAAUUGUAUAAUUUUUUCAAAGUCAUGAGUUUUUUUUUUUGUAUCAAAACUACUUGAAAAAGCAAAAUGUCAAGUAAAAUCAAUCGAAAUUCACUUCAAGGCAUUAUUCUACUUCAAGUAGCUUUGGCAAUCACUUGGCGCUUUAAAUUCCUAUAAAGCAUUCAAGUAGCGAAAAAUCGACUUUUCUAAGCGCCAAGAAAGCAAUUAAACCUACCUUAGAUUUUUGGUUGAGUAGAAUCAAUUUUUUCGACUCAAAUUUUUCAUUUAAAAAAUAUUUUCAAAUUGCAAUUAUUUAUGAUCAACGAAAUAACUUUUAUUUUCAAAUGAUCGAAAAAUGGUUGGAAAAAUCAUAGCGAAUUAGCUCAAACUUCAUUUUAUUAUGUCCGAAUUUUAGUUUCAAGACGAAUUGAAAUGAAAACCAAUUGGAUUUUUUUUACUACUACUCAUAGAGAUGAUGUAUUCCGUAGCUCUGUUUGAUUUCGGUAGUAUUCAUUAUGCAUAGAAAUUCGUAUAAAAAUUGAAGCGAAAAUUGAUCAAACGCUAUAUAUAUAACCGUUGAAGCGUUUCGAUGCUUGUCUUGGUGCCCUUUGUAAUUGAAUAUUUAUUCGUUAAACCAAAUAAAAUGAGCUUUUGCAUUCGUUUCUCUUGUUCGUUUCAAAUGCUUUACUUGAAUCAAUAACUGUGUAACAAAAGUAAACUGUGAUAAAAGCGAUAACAGAGAUAGAGAGAGAGACGUGAAAAAGCUGCAACAAUUUUUCCAAACUAGCCAAAAGAUAAAAAAAGGAAUGUAUAUUAAGAAGAACCAUUUCUCUACAAAGCAUUUUUUAUGUGCCAGAUUUUCUUUAACCUGACUUCUACCUGACAAACAUAUUUAUUAUUGAAUUUUAUGAUUCUGCUAUGCCUACCGUUUAUUGACGAACGACAAACCAAAUGAAUAAUAGCGAAAAUCAAACAGGGUGACUGAAACAUAUUCUCGACGAUAAGUAAACACAAUUUUCUUUCGUUUAAAUUUUUGUUAAGCAUUUGCACUGACAAAACAAAUGAAACUGUAUGAAUUAAUUGACUAAUAACUCUAUAAAUCAUUCAUAUUAUUGUAAAAGAAUUGCAGUGUAUUCACAAUUUAACACGGAGUAUAUAAUGUAUAUCGUUUAUAAGGAUUCAUUCCAAAUUUCUAAUGACAAAAAAAAAGCAAAUUAAAAUUCUGAAAUGGUGGACAAAGAAAAAAACCGGCGAAAAUUGGGAACGAAACUCGCAUUCAAAUGAUUUUUACACAUUCGGUCGAUAGAUUAAAUGAUAAUUGAAAUUUCGAAAGCAAAUUAAGUAAACGUUCAGUUUUUUUUUCUCUAAAUAGUAAACAAAUUUUUAUAAGGGAGAAACAAUUAGAAGUAGAUGAAUUGUGUAUACUUUGAAUGAUCGAACCGAUGUGACAUUAUGAUAAUUUAAAAGGUGCAAUUAAUUCCAUAUUUCAAGGUUUUUUUCUUCUUACAUAUAAAUGUGAGAUAAAUGUGUGGACAGUCUGAUUGAAGGAACUUAACGGAUAUUUUUGGCCUAGCUGAUACACAUCCAACCCUUCGACACACAAAACCAAUCAUACACACACACACACUUGCUCAUACAAAACGGAAAAUUCAUCAAUGUUACCUACAACUAAGAAUAAUUAUGGGUCAUGACAACAAUGAAUUAGACAUUAUUCACAAAUCACAUGAUACAAAUAUUUGCAUACAAAGAAAACUCAUUACCAAACUACAAAAUAAAUUUAUACAA